AUGCCCUACCCAACAACUCUAGAGCUAAUUGGUGGACAAGGAGGUCAUCCAUUUUCAUUUACUGGUGAGAACGACGGUGCCAGUUUAGAGAAGAUCUGGGUUUGGGUUGGAGAAUGGCAGGUGAAGGCUGUCAAGGUUUGGCUUUCAGAUGGGAGAGUUGAAACUUUUGGACAUCCAGCUGGAGAUCCUCAAGAGUACAAGUUCAAGCCUGGUGAGUGUUUCACCUCACUGUCCUUGUGGGGGAACGGAGCAGGAACACGUCUUGGAGCUAUCAAAUUCACAACCACUCUUGGGGGAUCAUUCUUUGCAAAGAUGACGAAAUGGGGUUUAAAAACAGAAUAUCCCAUUGAUGUCGGCUCUGGAUAUUGUUUGGGAGUUGUAGGAAGAGCUGGUGCUGACAUCGACUGCAUGGGAUUCAUGUUUCUCAAUGAAGUUCAAUCAGUAAUUCUCACCGAUGUCAACUAUCCCACUAUCCAUCAACUAAAAGAACAGGUGGAAGUAGAAUCAAUCGAAUCCCUCACUUUCAGAAAUGACUCCUCCAUCACUCAAGAACAAAAAAUUGAAACCUCAAAGAAAAUAACCAACAAAUCUUCAUGGUCUGUGAGUGCAAGUUUGACAGCAACAUUUAGUGUGGAAGUGAAGGCUGGGAUUCCAAUGGUUGCAGAAGAAACAGCAGGAUUCAGUGUUAGUGUUGGACUUGAAAGCACUUACAGUCAGGAGUACACAGAAGAGAGAACCGAAACUCUGUCUACUAAUAUCGAUGUGCCACCAGGGACGCAGGUGGAUGUUUCAAUCACCAUUGCAAGAGCCAAUUUUGACCUGCCUUACACUGGCACAAUGCAGAUCACCUGCACGAAUGGCAGUAUGUUAAAGUACAAAACCGAGGGCACCUACAAAGGCGUCAAUUACACUGAUAUCAAAGUGGAGACUAAGGAAUCUCCUCUGUAAUGUUAAGACAGAUUGCACAUGUAACACAAGUUCUUUGAUUACUUCUAAUUUUGUCAAUCAUGUAUCAGUUGUUUUACAUUUAGGCCAAAUUGUUCAGUGUUAUUUGGUGGUUGGGUGUUUCCCCUGUGUGUGUGCGUGUAUAC